AUGUCAAAUAAAGAAUUGUCCCAAGUUGAGAUAAAUGAUUUCAGUUCUAUUGAUACUCGAAGUCAAGAAUCUUUCAAUAAAUGGAAAUUCUUUUUUCUAAAUACCAAAUAUGAUCAUCCAGCCAAUGAAGAUAUUUUUGAAGGUGAACCAUAUACAAUUGAUACGCUUUUAACUUAUCAAAGUGAACAAAGAUUAGAUAAAAAAACUGCACCAUUAUGGAAAAAAAUCAUUGGUUUCAUUUGGGAUCCAAUCUUUUUACCACCAGAUGAACGUAAAUAUGUUGCUAAAAUUGAUUUUUUCAUUUAUAUCUAUGCAAUUUUUGCUUGUUUUAUCAAAUAUUUAGAUCAAACCAACAUCAAUAAUGCUUAUGUCUCAGGAAUGAAAGAAGAUUUGAAUAUGUAUGGAACAAAUGAUUACAAUUGGUUAACAACUUAUUUUAAUAUUGGUUAUAUGUCCUUUUCAGUCCCAAUGGCUAUUCUCUUAAAAUACGUUAGACCAAGUAUUGUUUUACCAACAUUUGAAGUUUUAUGGACAGUAAUUGUUAUGUUUAUGGCCACAGUGAAAAGUAAAGAAGCGGUUUAUGGGUUGAGAUUUUUACAAGGUGCAGUAGAAAGCUCAUCAUUUCCUGGGCUUGUGUGUUUAAUUGGUGAAUUUUAUGGUACUGAAGGUCAAGGUAAAAGACAGUUUAUGCUUAAUGCUACAAAUCCAAUAUCUAGUAUGUUUGCUGGGUAUAUCCAAGCUGGUGUUUAUACAUCUAUGAAUGGUAAAUAUGGAUUACCAGGAUGGAAAUGGGUCUUUUUGGUUGAUGGAUUCAUAAGUAUCCCAGUUGCAUUUUUAGGGUAUUAUUGUUUACCAGAUUUCCCACAAACUUCAAGAGCACCAUGGAUUAAUAAAAAAGAUCGUCAAUUUGCAUUAGCAAGAGCCAAAAGUAUGAAAAAAGUUAAACCAGAACCAUUAACUCUUAAGAAUUUCUGGGAAAUUGUGAAAAGUUGGAAGUUAUGGUUAUUUUUGGGAACUUAUGUAAUGGUUACAAUCGGUGCAAAUAGUACUUCAUACUUUGCUCUAUAUUUAAAAUCAUUAAAAAAGUAUUCAGUUCAACAGAUUAAUAUAAUCCCUACGGCAGGUUAUGCGUUUCAGUUUAUUGCUAUGUUUUUAACAUCGGCUAUUAGUGAUUAUACUGGAAAUAGGGUCUCUAUGAUUACAUUAUGUUGUAGUCUUGGGUUUGUGAGUUGUUUAUUACUAUCUAUUUGGGAUAUCCCAUUUGGAUUGAAAAUGUUUGCAUAUUUUCUAGGUUAUGGAAGUUCAAGUCAAAGUAUUUUCACUAGUUGGUUUACUGAAACUUUUUAUGAUGAACCAUUAUUGAAGACAAUCAACAUUGCGUUAGGUAAUACAUGUGUAUAUGCGUUCAAUGGAUUUUUACCUUUGGGGAUUUAUAAAACAAAAGAUUCACCACAUUUUCCAAUUGGUUAUGAGAUUAGUGCAAUGUUUUUCGUUAUUGGUAUUAUAUUUGCAUGGUUAUUUUGGUUUAUUGUUAAAAAGUAUAAUGCUAUAAGAUCUGAAAAAGAAAAGGAACUCAGUGAAGAGAAGGAAACUAUUGUUUCGGUUUGA